UACAAGGAAGGGGAUGAGGCGCUGAACUGGUAUGCAGUUAUAUUCGGCUCACUGGACGUCCAGGUGUCCAACACAGACAAAGUCAAUGAUGUGGAGACGGUGUGCACUCUGGGAGUUGGCACCGCUUUCGGGGAGUCAGUGUUGGGCUCCGGGAGUCAUUCCCAUUCAAUCGUAACCCAAGAGCCCUGUACUCUACUGAGAGUGAAACGGCUGGACUUCCAGGACCUGUGGAGCCAGAAGUCACAUCUGAUGCAAGAAAUUGUGGCCAAUUGUUACGAUAGUAAGGCUGUGGUGGCGGCCGGUGGGGGUAAACUCAGGGAACAACAGUCGGGAUCGCUGUCCGGUUCCAGAAAGGGAUCCCUCGAGGAGGAGAGCAACCAUAUCAACGAUUCUGUGGAUAAUUACCAUAAUAUGUCGCUUAUUAACACCGAAAUACCCGAGAAUGAGCCGAUGUCACCACUAUUUAGGGUGGGUUGGACUAUACGCUCGGUGAUCAUGCACUCGACGCCUCAACUGAUCCGGGAUCGCAAAUAUCACUUACCAUUGCCUACAUUAUAUCACAAGUGUAUCAUCGGUUCGGAGCUCAUCGACUGGAUUCUGAACGUCACGACCAAUACACCGGUUCGGGUGCACUCCCGGGGACAGGCGGCUGCCAUGUGUCAGGUCCUACUCGAAGGACAGGUGCUCAUCCAAGUGACGACAGAAAGUCAGUCAACAACUCCCGGCGCCGAUGAAAUUCAGCCCCAAUUCCAGGACCGGUACCUUUUGUACCGAUUCUGUUUCGACCAACAGAUCGACGCCGUGGUCACCACCGAAGAUAAACGGAUAGCCGAGUCGGAGCUCAUGCAAUCCCUGUCCUCAUUGGCACAGUUAGCGCCGGACGCCAUACUCAGACUUAUAUUACGCAAGCCGCCGCAAAAGCGUACGGACGAGGAGAUAGAGUCGGUGUUUGAAGAGCUCCUACACAUCAAAGCGCUGUCACAUCUGUCCAAUUCAGUCAAGAAAGAGUUGGCAGCCGUUAUCGCCUUCGAGUCCCACCUCAAGAAGGGAACCAUUCGUUAG